AGAGAAGAAUCCAAUUCCCAAAUGAACAAAGUUGUCCCAAUUCAAGAAGUGUCACUUUGGUGAAGCUACUCAUUUGUUAGGCUAAAGUAGAGCUGUAACACCGACUCGCAUAGAACACAAAAACACACUGAAAUCUGCAAGAUUUAACCAAAAAAAUCCCCAUUUUGAUAUACAACAAAACAAGAAAAAACAUCCCUUUUGAUUGCUGUGGCAGAAGAAGAACAGAGAAAGAAGAGAUGAACUGAGGGGUAGCUUUUGAUUUGUGGAAAAGUUGAGACUUUAAAGUUUUAGUUAGUAAUGGAAACACAGAAGAUUUCAGAAACCCUAGUGGAGGGUUCUGUGGAUUAUAAACCAGUUUUAAGCCAAACCCCAGAUGGUAAAACCCUAGAAAAGGUUUCUGUUGUAUCUAGCUUAAGUGAGAGUGGUGCUGUUUCUGAAUCGGUCACAGUCACAGAGGUUCCAUCAGGUGUUGGAAAUGCUAAUGUGCACAAGAAUAUAGAAAAUGUGGUUGAUGGAACUGAAUUAGAGUUAAUGGGAGUGGGGUUUGAGCAGAAGUUAGUGGAUGGAUAUGAUAACAUUGAUUCAGAGGUUAAGAGUGAGGAGAGGGUAGUGGAUGGAUAUGAUAACAUUGAUUCAGAGGGAGUUAAGAGUGAUGAGAAGUUAGCAAAUGUGGAUUAUAAUAAUGGUUUGGAGAGUGUUGAUACUGAGCAGAAGCUAGUGGACGGACAGGGGACAGUUGAGAGUGAGAAUAAGCUUGCAAAUGUGGAUGAUUAUAAUGAUCUUGAGGGAGUUGAGAUCGAGAACAAGUUUGGAGAUGUGGAUGAUACUAUUGAUUUAGAGGCACUUGGCCUGGAGAACGAGGAUGUUUCACUUGAUGGUCUGAUGGAAGGAGGGACUUUGAAACAUGGAACUCAAGAAUCGGGUGCUGAAUUUAACGAGUCUCUUGAUAAUGGGGUUGAGAAAAUUGGUGUGGCUGAUGCUGUGGAAGAUAUUGACACGUCAAAGGUGCACGUAAAUGAUUCUCCUACAAAGAUAGAAGUUUCUGGGAAUGGUAUUUCUCUGACAGUGGAUGUAUUUGGUCCAGAUUGCACGUUUUACAUGGAAACUGACAACCCUAUGGGUGUCAAUGGGAAUGAAGCAGAAGGUAAUGUCAGUGAUAAUCAAGAACACAAUUUUGCUGUGGGUGACUUGGUAUGGGUAAAAAUGAAGACUGACUUGUGGUGGCCGGGAAUGAUUUGUGAUCCGCACACAACAAAAGAUGCUGGGAAGUGUAAUCAUAUGGAUGGUUUCUUUGUUAAGCAUUUUGGUAACACUAGUUCUGUUUGGUGCCGGCCAUUCCAGUUAAAGCCCUUUAUAGGGUAUUUUGAGCUGAUGUCUCGCCAGAAUAAGUCUAGAAGCUUUUAUGCUGCAAUAGAGAAGGCUUUGGGCGAGUUUGGUAGGCGCGUGAAACAGGAGAUGACCUGUUCUUGUUUUUCAAAAGAAAAUCAAGUUGCUGCUCAAAAUUUUCCUUCAAAGGAAGAUGAGAAUGGGGGUAGUGUUUUUUCGGCAUCUCAAUUUGAACCUUCAAACUUACUCGAAUUCAUCAAAUCACGUGCUUUGGGUCUUCGUAGCCCAGGUAAUGUUGAGUUCACAGUUGCUGAGAAUUGCCUAUCUGCCUUUUACACUUCAAUAGGCCAUAAGCAAUUGCCUUUGUACAAACUCAGGCCAACAAAUAAUCUGAUAUCAGUAAGCAAGGAUGAAGAUCUGGACAAGCUGUCUAGUGGUGAUAGUGUCCUUAAGAGCUGUAGAAGUGGUUCUGAUGAUAUUAAAAUGACUGAGAUGGAGCUGUCUGGCUCAUUGGAGUCUCCUAGAGGAAUGAGGAGCAUGAUAUCCCGUUCACAGAUUGCGAAUGAAAAUGCCGGAGGAAAAUCUUUUGAGUCGCGAGAACGGAAGAAGAGCAAGUACCUGUCAUAUCCUUAUGUAAACAGUUGGGCCUCCCGUAAGAAUUCACUUGGUCAGGGAGAAGAUGAAACUGAAGAUUGUGAGGAAGUUACUCCUGGUGGAGGAAAGACCUCCUCCAAUCCAUCUGUGGUCUCCACAUCAAUUGGUAACAACAGUAACAAGACCUCACUAAGGAAAUCGAGGAAAUCUGUUAAUGACAAUGAUAUUUGCAAUAAUGCAGAUUUCGGUGCUGCCUCUUCGGCAGAAAUGCUCCAAGAACUCCAUCAGACAGCUCUUGAUUGCUUCUAUCCUAUUCAAAGCACGUGUCCCAUUCCAAUCCGGGAUUUUUACUUGAGUUUUAGAGCAUUCAGAGAUCCUGAAGUUCAGAUGGAUGAAUACAAGGAAGCUACUUUAGGGUGUCAGGAAACUUUGCAGUCUGAUAAUAUUUUGGCCUCAGGAGGAUAUGAUCUGCAAGUAGAAGGACAGCCUCUUCCGAAUGUUCUCCCCAAGAAGAGAGGUAGAAAGAAAAGUGAUGGAAUAAAUGCAACUGGUCCCAAGUUUAGCUCUAAAACCAACUUACCUAGGAUGACUGCAGAUGGUACCAGUAUGAAUGGCUCUCCCCUUAUUGAUUCUGUACAGACAGGACCUGAUACACUCAAAAAAGGAGUAGUUCACAGACAGAGAAAGAAGGCGGCAAUUGCAGCUGUGGUUCAUAAUGAGAUUGGGGUAUUAGGUGGACUACCAGACUUGAAUGUAAACAACGCGGGUUUGUCAGUUGAAAAUAUGCAGGUUAUAGGUCCUGCUCCUACUCAAGGUAAACUUGAACCUAAGAGGAGGAGGAGGAAGAAGGAAGAGUUGGUUUCUGAGAAUCUGCCAGAUGUGAGCAAAGGCAACACCCAGUUCAUUCCAAUGCUGAAAAGUGUGGAAGUCACCGGCUCGUUACCCUUGGAAGGUGGUCCUCAACCAGAUAACAUGUUUGGGGUACAGGGGGCGUGUUCCCUCCCGAAUACUGAACUUUUAGCUGGACAAUCAAAUGCCAAUGAAAUUCAUGCUGCAGGUAGCUCAUUACCAAAUAUUUCACAGAUCACUGGUCUGGUUUCAUCUGCAAAAGCAGAAGGCAAGAAAAGGAAAAGGAAAGAGAAAGCAUUAAACAUUCAGAAUAAUUCUUCAGCCCUACCAGAUUUGAAUGGACAGGUCACCGAUCCGAAUUUGAAGGGAAAGGAGGUCACAGAAAUGAGUUGUGUCUCAGGUCAAGCUAAACCCAAGCAAAAAAGGAGAAGAGCUACUAAAUCUGCUGCCAUUGGGAUACCCAAUCCUAAUGGAGAUCACAACACUCUUCUGCUAUACUUUACACCGGGUUCACCAGUGCCUUCUAAAGAAUAUAUCACUGCUACUUUUGCCAGUUUUGGUCCGUUAGAGGAAUCCAAAACUUUGUACCUGAAUGAUUCUACUGCCCAGGUUGUCUUUGAAAAGGAUAGUGAUGCUAUGGAAGCCUUGCAGAGUUUACAAAGCAGAAACCCAUUUGGACCUUCCCUUGUCAGUUAUCGUCUCCGUCAUGUUUCAACUUGUAACAACACACAGACGUCCGUGGAUGCACUUCAGUCCCCUAGUGUACUUUCUGGAGGUGAGGGACCUGAUCUGGUGGUGAUAAAACAGAAUCUGGAGUCAAUGACAACAAUGCUUGAGAAGGCUGGUGAUAAUAUUUCCCCCGAGAUGAAAGCGAAGUUGGAAAGCGAGGUGAAAGGCUUCUUGGAAAAGGUAAGCAACAUGGUUGGUUCUUCUUCGUCGUAGUUGAUAAUAAGUGUUGGUAGUUUCUUAGUUGUCAUUGAAACUGUGAAUCUAAUUAAUUAGGAUAUUUAUGCGACUGUUGUUGAGAACCCCGUGUUUUAUCUCGCCUGUUUAUUUUCAGUAGUUCUCUCCUGGGCUACUGCUCUGUGUUGCCUUCUUUAUUGAAUGAAUGGAUGUUGGACA